AUGGGCCUUGCAUUGGAUGACCCGUUAUUGUCAGCUCACGUCUGUUGUUCCAUAUCUCUAUCUAUUACGCAAACCCUACCCUUUCAACCUCUUGAAGAAACCCCCAUUGAAGAACAUGCUGUUGUAGGUCUUCCAAAUAAAGUAUUUGAUCAUUUUAGCGAAGACGAAAAUGAAAUCUUAUCUCAACAGCAGGAUGAUGAAGAAGACACCCUCCCACUUUCAAAUAUUCCACCAUCACAACCAUUACCAUUAUACAACCCACCUCCACAUUUUCUAGACUUUUCUAGUCAAAUACAAGAACAUGACUCUAAGUUUGGUCAUGUCCUUGAUUGUGAAAUGGUAGUAUGGAAGUUCAGUUUAGUUUGUAGCGACAAGACAGGACAAGAACUCCGAUAUUUGGCUUGCUUUGAGGUCAAUUGUAGUAGCAUCUUCUUCCUUUCUAUCAUCAUGCGGCUUCGUCCUUUUGCUUUGAUUCUUCCCUUCAAAAGCAAACACAAAACCAGACGGGGCUUAACCAUUGCAACCAGUGCACUUGCCCACUUUCGUUCCGAUUCCGAUUCCGAUUCCGAUGCCGAUUCACCCUCUUCCUCUAACACCCAUUUCGCCAAACUUCAGCAAUGUUCAUCUUUCACACACCUAAAUACCUUCAACGUCCUCCAAACUCUUUACUGUUUGCACAACCGCCCUUCUCUUGCACUCUCCUUCUUCACCCAACUCCACCAGCGUGGCUUCGUUCACACCAUCUCCACCUACGCUGCAAUCAUCAGAAUCCUCUGUUUCUGGGGGUUGGAUAGAAGGUUGGAUUCUCUCUUCCUUCAACUUAUUUCUCUCUCCAAACAACACCCUUCUUUCCAAGUUCAUGACUUGUUUGAAGAACUCUUGGUGGGUCUUAAUGGGAAUAACCGUCAAAGUCAACAGUACUUGCUUAGAGGUUUUGAUAGGUUUGUUAAAACUUGUGUUAGUCUUAACAUGUUUGAUGAGGCUAUGGAUAUCUUGUUCCAAACUAGGAGGCGUGGAAUUGUGCCAGAUGUCUUUACUUGUAACUUCCUCUUCAACCGUUUGGUUGAGCACGGUGAGGUAGAUAAGGCAUUGGCCAUUUAUGAGCAACUCAAGAGGUUUGGUUUGAGCCCCAAUGAUUACACCUAUGCCAUUCUCAUUAAGGCUCUCUGUAGGAAGGGUGAUUUGGAACAGCCACUUUGUGUGUUUGAGGAAAUGGAGAAAGUUGGAGUCACCCCUAAUUCCUAUUGCUAUGCUGCUUAUAUUGAAGGGCUAUGCAAUAAUCAUAAGUCUGAUUUGGGAUAUAAGGUGCUUCAAGCAUUCAAAAAGGCGAAUGCUCCUAUUGAGGUUUAUGCCUACACGGCUGUUAUUCGUGGGUUUUGUAAUGAACUGAAAAUAGAUGAGGCGCAGAGUGUAUUCGACGAUAUGGAAAGGAAAAGGAUGGUUCCUGAUGUGUAUGUUUAUUCUGCAUUGAUCCACGGGUACUGUAAGACACAUAAUCUACUUAAAGCUGUGGCUUUGCACGACAACAUGAUUUCGAGGGGUAUAAAAACAAAUUGUGUGAUUGUUAGCUGCAUCCUUCAUUGUUUGGGAGAGAUGGGCAUGACUUUGGAAGUGGUAGAUCAGUUUAAAGAAUUGAAGGAAUCGGGCAUGUUUCUUGAUGGGGUAGCCUACAAUAUUGUGUUUGAUGCGUUAUGCAAGUUGGGUAAAGUGGAUGAAGCAAUAGAAAUGGUGGAAGACAUGAAAGGUAGGCGUAUAGUUUUAGAUAGUAAACAUUACACGACCUUUAUCAGUGGGUACUGCCUUCAGGGUAGAUUCCUUGAUGCCUUCAGUGUAUUUAAAGAAAUGAAGGAAAAGGGUUCUAAACCUGAUAUUGUCACCUAUAAUGUAAUGGCUGCUGGGAUGGCUAGAAAUGGUCAUGCUUGUGAGGCAAUUAAGCUUUUGAAUUGUAUGGAGAAUCAAGGUGUGAAGCCAAACACUACUACACACAAGAAGAUCAUUGAAGGUUUAUGUUCAGGAGGAAAGGUUUUAGAAGCUGAGGCAUAUUUUGACAGACUGGAAGAUAAGAGUGUUGAAAUCUAUUCUGCCAUGAUGAAUGGCUAUUGUGAAGCAGACCUUAUUGAUAAAUCCUACCAACUUUUCCUUAAGCUGUCAAACCAAGGAGAUAUUGCAAAGGAAAGUUCCUGUUUUAAGUUACUUAGCAAACUCUGCAUGGCAAAAGAAACUAACAAAGCCUUUGUGUUACUUGAGAAAAUGUUGUUGUUGAAUGUGGAACCUAGCAAUAUAAUGUAUUCUAAAGUAUUAGCUGCUGUGUGCCAGGCUGGGAAUAUGAACACUGCUCGCUCUUUGUUUGAUUUUUUCAUUCAGAGAGGAUUCACCCCUAAUGUUGUAACUUACACAAUUAUGAUAAAUAGUUAUUGUAGGAUGAAUUACUUGAAAGAGGCUCAUGACCUAUUCCAAGACAUGCAGAGGAGAGGGAUCAAACCUGAUGUCAUUACUUACACAGUUUUACUUGAUCACAACUUAAAAGCAAAUUUAAGAAGACAUUUUUCUCGUUCACAUGGAAAAGUAAAGACAACACCAUUUGGUAUUUCCACCAUUUGGAGAGAUAUGAAGCAAAUGGAAAUAAGUCCCGAUGUUGUUAGUUACACUGUGUUGAUUGAUAAUCACAUGAAGACAGAUAACUUUCAAGAAGCAAUUAACCUCUUUGAUGAAAUGAUUAACAGAGGACUAGAACCAGAUACUGUAACAUACACUGCCAUGGUCUCUGGCUUCUGUAACAGAGGGCACAUAGAGAAAGCUGUUAUGCUGCUUAAUGAAAUGUCUUCUAAGGGAAUUACACCAGACUUGCAUAUCAUCUCAGCUUUAAAACGUGGUAUUAUAAAAGCUAGAAAGGUUGGAAUGAGAGGAGCUUUGCGAAUUGCAGAUUCAUUAAUUGUACAUAGAUCUAGUUCAGAAUCAGGUAGGGGUAGACUGCAAGCAUCUUGUAGUUUAUGCAGUUCUCUGGUGUAUUUAGUUGGUUUGAUGAGUGUCCCUUUACUCAGACUGGACUGGUCUGUUGCAACAUUUUCUUUGUUUCAGCCACUUUUGCGUAAGAGUGUUUUAGCCGUGUCGCACAGUAUAGGUGUUGGAGCUGAACACUCCACUGCAUAG